GUCGCUGCGGUGAACUGGACAAGCGUCAUUAUUAAAUAAAUAUUUAAUAAAAUAUAAUAAAAUAAUUAUUAAACAAAAUAAAACGCUGAUCAAACUAACAAAAUUGAAUUUAAAACCAGUGAUUUUGAUGGAAAACUGUUUUAUUAAUCCAAUUAAUAAAGUGAAAAUAAUAAAUAGUGAAAGUUAUUGUGAUAUUUGUAAAACUAUUAAAUAGUUUUAUAAAGUAGCGUAUUUUAUUAUUAUUGUAAAGUUGAAUCUCUUAAUAAAUUAUUGAAAAAUGAUACCUUUGUUGGAAAAACAGUGGUACAUCGAGGCACCAUGGGGAAGAAUAGCUUUAAUAGCGUGGGGUGACUGCACCGACUCCCCGGUGUUGCUGUGCCACGGACAAGUGGACUCGGCCGCCUGCUUCAGACCUCUAGUCCGGAUGUUACCUAGGAAAUACUACUACAUAGCAAUGGAGCUACCAGGCAAUGGCAAGUCGGACCACAUGCCCCCCGGUCUGAUGAUGGGCGCGUAUGACCUUGUGUUCUCCAUCAAGCUGGUCGCCGACCACUUCAGGUGGACUCAGUUCACAUACAUCGCACAUUCCUUAGGAACAUUAUUAGGUAAACUCUUCAACAUGACCUUCCCCGGCCGGAUGUCCCACAUCAUCGACCUGGACCCCACUCCAGCGUACAAGACGGUCAGCCAGCACCAGCUGUCGUCCUGGUACCAGGAGUACUUCGUCAGCUACUUCCAGAAGUACCAGAAACUGAUGUCCCCCAAAGAGAAGGCUCCUAAAUAUACCUACGAGAAGGCAUUCGAGAUGAUGAAGAAAAACAGAGGUUUAACAGACGAAGCUACAAAGACUGCUCUGGAGAGAAUACUCGAGCCAGCUGGUAAAGGAUUGGUCAGGUUUACCUUCGACCAGCGAGCAAAACUGAUAACUAUACCACCCCUCCCUCCUCAAUACUUGAAGCAACUCUACACGUCAAUCACGACCCCUACACUAUCAAUCCUGGCUGAAGAUUCAAUCCAAAAUGGCGCUUAUAAAAUGGCGCCUUUCGUCUUUGAAGAGGACCCGAUUAGAAACUACAGAGUGCGUAGAGUUGAAGGUAACCACGACGUCCACGUUAGCUUCCCUGAAAGGAUAGCGCCGUGUAUUAUUGACUUUAUGGUGAAAUCUAGAUGUUCUGGAUGAAGGGAAGCUAAUACCUGUAUUCUACGAUCCGCCUCAGCUGUAUUUUUUAAGUUGACAUUGUGACAGUGUGCUGCCGCCAAAGGAUGUUUUCGGAGUACCGAACUGAGCGUAGUAGCCACAAGUUAGUAGUGUGACUAGGGAUCGACGAUCCAACAGUGUUGUAUUGGAAGUUGUGUGUAAACUUUGAUAUCGCGUUUCACGACUGCUUGAAGACUGCAUUAUUGAAUGUGGCGCCAUCUGUUGCAUGUGAGCGGAACUAGGUGGCCAAGUAGUUGGGUCCGCUACAGACAUUUACGUCGUCGACUUGAGGACUUUACUCACUGGAGUCCAGCAUUUACUGCCAACAUAAUAAUGCGAAAAUAAUGACGUCAUGCCCUACUGGAGAUUCUCGAGUUGAAGUUGAAGCGACGUACUAUGAGAAUGCCGAUUUUAAGCUGAGUUCGAAAUGCCUUGAGGUUGCUUCAACUGAGAACGGAGUCAAGGAAGGUGGUACGGUAACGAGCACUUAUAUGUAUACACUUUGAAACCAUGUCACAUUAACUUAUUUAAUAAACGAAACCGUAGGUAAGUCUCCUUAAAUGUCAAAUACGAUAGUGCGACAAGGUUCCAAAGUGGGUACAUGAUUACUUAACAAGUUCAACGUCACACAAAAUCGUUGGUUGUAUCAUUCCAGCAAUGGGGGACACGGGUGACCCAAACUGUACUGUCACAUUCAGCGGGGGUCACCCGUGAACCAAUAGAGGGUUUCGAUUUAAACACGAUUUACGUAAAACUGUUAGAAGAGAGUUAGAUGAAUGAGUAUUCUCUCUUGGCCCACCUGUGGGUCGUGUGGCAUUGAACGUGUUAAGUACAAUCAUUUUGAUAGUUUUACAUGCAAAGUGCGGGAGCUUUGAAAGUCUUAAUAAUGACUUGACUACAUUAAGGCAGUAUGUAUUUGUAAGAAUAUAGUUUAUAUUUUAGUACA